GUCGCAGCCUCCCAACAACACCCAGGGAAUUGCUCCAAGAGCAUUUGCAAGGCAAAAAUAAUCGUAAAACGGCGACUUUGAUGGACCCUGGUCGAGUUCCGGGUUACUUUGCUUGCCUUUGAGUGCAUUCUUGGAUGAAAAGUCCCCCCCCGAACGCCUAGCUUCGCGACGCUUGACGGAGAAAAAAGGUUUCCAGGUUUUGGAGUUCCACCAAGACGACCGACCGACGAACCUCGCGCGUCGCGACAAUCCGCCCUCCACUGGGCCACCUACCACCCCAGUCGCUCCGCGCAACAUUGACCGUCACGAACGCCCGACACGCCUCUAGCGUCGCGACAAUCCCGGCCGACGACGACAUCACCAUCCGCGACGUACCACGACGCUUUUCACAAUGGCGCAGCCGGAUUCGGUCCAGGCAAACGGCAUCCCUGGACCGGACCAUGUUGAGCCCCCCCAACCCGUCGUCCCUGUAAAGAGGAAGCGCGACACCGAUGACGAUGGCGAGGACAUCAGCGCCGAUGGCCCCGAGAAGAUGGAUGUUGAUGGCUCAUUGCCGAAGGAGGAUCACAAACCACUCAUCAAGGACUACUUUACUGUCCUGAGCAGUUUUGAUACAAAGCCAUCAAUUUUGAAGCGUCGCCUUCCCGAGCCCGAGUCUGAGCAGCCCGAUGCGAAACGCCAGAAGCCCGACGAUUGCCCGGUUUCCAUCGCCGACAAGGUCAGCCGCGACUCCUACUCGCAUGUUGACGAACUUGCAGCAGACCUUGUCGAGGCCGUCAAGGAUCAGCUCCGGGAACUUCAAUCAACCAAUGCCGAGAGGGAGAAGGAAGAGACCGAUGGUGUCGCAGUAGUACAGACCAAGAAGUUUAAGGAGAAGGCCAUGGAUCUACUCCGACGGGAGAUAUCCUACCCACGCAGCGCCAUGAAUAUCACCAACACGAAGCCCGAUGUUGAGUCCACUGCGGCCAACGCUGUCCUGACGGUUUUCGGCAAUGCUCCUCAAGGCAAGCAACUCUUUUCGAGUCUGCCAAAGAAAGCCUCGGAUAAGGAGACUUCCCCUGAAAAGCCAUCAUCAAUGUUGGACCUGCCACCCGACGUGUCUACUUCUUACAUCGUUCCUUCACGACAAACCGAGAGAACAGCUACACUAGGGGAACUAUUCUCUUCAAGUCGGCCCCUUCCUCCACUGCAGCCGCCGAAGCAACCAAAGCCGGUGGCCAAGGGGAAUACUCUCGGGUUUUACCAUCCUGAGCCGGCGCACAAGUCCAAGUACUUCAAUGAUUCGUACUCCAGCAAGAAGUUGGCGGUUGGCUACUACUUGGACUACACCAACGCGGCACCUUCAUCCAAGAGCAAGACGAGGCAACGUGAACGGGCGCAGAGCUUGGCCGGUCAUAGACCCUCGUCAACUGAAUUGGAGGUCAAUGAGAUGGAAUCGCUGUUCCGCAGCGCAUUCUCCAGCUUUGCUCCCUGCAGAGAUGACUCGGGCUCUGUCGUCCCAUCCAGUCAUGCCGGUCGCAUGUACUGGCAGCUCACUGGCCAGCGCAACUUUAAUCGAAUGGUUGAGUCCGAACUACAAGAUAUCAACGGCGAAGACGCGACCGUGGAGUCUGUCGUGAAGGAGGACGAGACCGGACAGGUCGAUGAGGAGUUCGUCAACGAAGCGAUUGAGAAAUGGGAUGAGUGGCUGGUGGAUCCGGCUUUGCAAGACAUGAACGACGUCCUUGCCAAGCCCAAGGACAAGGAUCCUGCCGACAAGGAGGUCGACGACUUCCUUGACGACGUCACCGACAUGAUCGAGACGUUGCUGUCGUACCAGCGCAUCCGCAACCUUUCGUUGCCAUCAUCUCAGAAUCGCUACGCGGGUGAUCCUGUCAAUGGCGACCUGCUGUCUCAUGGCGCUGUUUCGACACCGACGGAGGAGGAGACCGCGACAUACGAAGCACUGAGAGCGCAGCUGAGUCUGAUCAUCAACACCCUGCCUCCUUACGCAGUCGCCAGGCUUAACGGCGACCAGCUUGAGCAGCUUCUUAUCAGCACCAAACUUGAAGUUCGCACAGACCAGUUCAAGGGUGUGAUGGAGGAUGACGCUGCUUCCCAAGCCCGUAUGCGCCAGCAGCAAAGCGUGGCCGCGGCCGCACCUCCGAAUCGGCCUGCCCCGCACCGCACGCCCAGUGUAUCCACGCCGUACGGCGGCCAAUACAGCUCGGCUCAGUACGGCACCCCCACACGGACACCGUCGAUCGCUCCAUCCAAUUACUAUCGAACGGGUCAGCAACCGGCGAUGCCCCCGCAGCAAGGCUCUGUCCCGCGACCUGGCGGUGUUCCCCACCAAAUGUCUCAUACACAGCAGCCCCGUCCCGGCCAGCCAGGCAACUAUCGGCCUACCAAUGGAUACACGAACUUUGCACAGCAUGUUGGGAAGGCUCAGACGCCGUACGGCCACCAAGGCGUCCAGUAUGGAUCUCAACAGAGACCCCCGCAGUACCCGGGAUAUCCGGGAACGCCUCAGCACAAUACGCCCAAUGCCCGUUUCCAGCAAUCGUACCAGCAGUCUUUCCCGCAACAACCGAGCACGCCAUCUCAGGGUUACGGAGGCUACUAUUCAAACGGUGCCAAUAUGCAACAACGGACCCUGUCUCCACAGGUUUCAGCCGGUCAGUAUCAAUCGCCGACUCCCCACCAGCAGCCACGGUACUACGGCUCGACCCCCCACCAAAACAUCCCUGGCACCCCUCCGAUCAACCGUCAGCAGUAUCCGAAUGGUAGUCACCUCCCUCAGCAACCCUUGAACUCUCUAACGCCUGGUUAUAACGCAGCCGUUGCGAGGGCAGAUCAGCAGCGCCUGCAUGCUGAACAAGCCAGAUACCGAGCCGCAGCGCAGCAAACGAGUGCUGCUUUUGGAACCAAGAUACAGGGGUCCCAGGAGACGCCGAUGUCCCAAAUCCCUGGUGAUGAACCCAACUCUCAAGGGUCUCCGUACAAUGCGAACAUGAGAGCCCGCAUGGCUGCCGGCGGUACCCCGAAACCGCAGAGUCCCGUGGGAAACGCCGGAAAGGCAACCAACGGCACUCCACCCAUCCCUCACAAAGUAACGCCGGUGCCCAUACCAGUUAUACCUCAACAGCAGCAAAGGAAGCCAGCCUAGCAGCCUGGAAAUCUUGUUUGAUUGUCAGCAACGUUGGGCCCUGUUUUGGGGCUGUCGGGUUCAAAGGGAGAGGCUGGAGUGCCAAAAUGGUGCUGGGGCGCCGCUGUAUGCCAUGACUCCACCUCGAACACUUCGGUAUUGACCGUGAUUUAAGUCCUGCAGGUUUUCGAUAACCAUCAACGGCCUUUACCCGGUCGUGCCGUAGUCCUUUUUUCCCGCAAAACGUCGGUUUCCAUUUUUCUCAACGGUGUCUGAAUAGCAAGGGAGCGGUGUCCUUUCGGAGUUGGUCAGAGAGGAAAUUUUCAUCUUCUAAUUGCGUCCACAGUUUGGACGGCGGGGCGGGGCGGGGUGUUGUACCAACCGAUGCAAGAAGGUGGCCUAAUUUGACGAUGGAUGGAUAGGCAAACGGGGAUGCUGCUACAUCUGGGACCCUAUUCUCGAGUGUGUACAGCGUCCCCUGAUAUUUGGCGUUCUGGCCUCUGUGUUAUUAGAUUUCCCGAAGGAGAGUUACGGCUCAUAGAUGAUGGCCAGGAGGUCGUCUUUUCUUGGGUUGCCGAGACGGUGGCUCAGCACAAUUGAUGCCGCUGCAGCAUCAUGCCAGGGUCUUUUACUCAUCCUGCCUGUUCGCAUACACAAAGGAGGAGCACACGUGACACCUGCGACAACUUGGGAUUUGGUGUGAUCAUGAGGCUUUUUGGGCCUACCUAGGGAAAAAGGGGGACCAGGUUUGGUUCAAGUGUAUAGAGUGUCCGAGGAAAGCUAAGCACUUUGCAUCUUAAUCAGAAACAACAUCCACG